AUGGGAUUCACAGCAAAGGGCAAGAAUAGUAGUGAAGGUUGGGGCAUGGGUUUCCUCCUAGUUUUCUUCCCUGAAGAUGAAGAAUCCAUAGCCAACAAGAAGAAACCCAACAAUCUGUUCUCUUCUUCUUGUUCUUCUUCUCCAUCUUCAUCUUCAACCUCAUUCAAACCCAUCAAUACCCUCCUCAGACGAACCAAUUCAGCACACCUCCUCAGCAGAGCCCAAUCCACCAUCUCCGUAUGUGCUCUCCUCAUCUUCAUCACUCUCCUCCUCUUCACUCUCUCUACCUUCGAACCCACCACCACCACCCACUUCACUCCUAGAAGACACCUCUCUUCAAACUCCAAAAUUUACAAACCCACCCACUUCAAACCCAUCGAGAACCCUCCAUCAUGGUCACUAAAUAUUCUCAAACCCAGUUCAAAAAUGGCUUCAAGUUCAUCAUCAUUAUCAUCACCAUCACCUCCGCAUGCAUUGCAAGGAAUGGGUUCUUUGUACAGAAGAGGCACAAAAGCCAUGAACGACCUUAUUGUAGCUCAUAUUACUGAGUCCGUCACAGUACCAGAACUGAGGUUGUUCUUGAGACUUUUCCACAGGUCUGCUCUCACCUCAAGAGCAGACCUUUUGCUUAUUUUCCCAUCAAAAACAGUUUCUUUCGAUUCUAUAGUCCAAGAAGAGAACGAGUCGAUUCUGAAACUCGUUGAUCGAUAUCAAGAAUUGAAUGCUACUAUUGCGGACUCAGCAGCGAGUUUUGAUGUGACCCAGUUUGUAAAAUCGAGAAAUAAGGAAAAGGAAACUGGAGAGCCAAUAUGGGGUCGAAGAAUUCGAAGCAAUUACAGUGACGAAAGUGAGACUGAGUUGACUCGCUUGAGUUAUGGCUCGGUGGUGGGUUUUGAAGCCGAUGAGCUUGACCCAGAAAACUCAUUGGCUGGGUUUUUAGACCAUGUUCCAUUGAGCUUGAGAAGAUGGGCAUGUUAUCCUAUGCUACUCGGCCGAGUUAGAAGAAAUUUCAAGCAUGUAAUGCUAGUGGACGUGAAAGAAAUUUUGCUACUCGGUGACCCACUCAGCCGAGUCAGGAAUCGGAGUCCCGAGACUGUAUACUUAUCAACAAUGGGUCCAUCUAUGUCAAGCAAGCAUGGCAAGAAGAACUCAGGGAAAACUCAGUCUACCCACCAAAACUCGGCUAACUCAGCAAUUAUAAUGGGUGGAACUCGAGGAAUUCGACGAUUAUCAACAGCAAUGCAAACGGAAAUCGUUCGCGCAGCAAUGCAACACAAGCGAAAGAACUCGGCCACUGAGUCAGGACUCUUUAACCAACUCGUUGGCAAUGAGUUCAUACUGAAGAAUAUAAAUUUGAUCAAAUCGGCCGAGUUGAUACCAGAACUGAGUUCACUCAGGGGGCGGAACUCAAACUCAGGUUCUUCCUUGUCAUUAUCAAAUUAUACUGUGGUCAGGUAUGGUAAUAGUAAUCCAGAGCUUAGUUCUAAUAUUGUGAAAGAUAUAUGUUCAUUCCCAGUGGAUUCUUUAGCUUAUAGUGAUUGUUAG